GUGUGUGAAUGUGAAGUGUUUGUGAAAGUGCAGUGCAGUGCAAUGUUUGUGUCGUUUCGUAUCGUCAAACGUUUCCGAAAUCUCAAGCUCUCGUCUUUUCGUUCAUCGUUACUUCGAAAUAACUGUAAAAGAUCAGGAGAAGGCAGCAGUUUGAUCAUAAAGAAGACGAGGCAAAAGGCAUGCCAAGUUAUGGCGCAUAGAGGGCAGAAUAAAAUGGAAAGUGGAGAUUGCGAAAGGAAGAUGAAAAAUAAUGCGGAAAGAACUAAAAUCUAUUUCGGAAAGUUUCGAAGCCCUGGCUCUGCUCACGCUUUGCCUGCUGCCUGCUGCCUGCCCCCCUGUGGAAACCACACGCUGACAGCCUGAAGAAGAUUCCCGCACUAUCUGUGGCAUGCAGCAUUCAAAGGGAAUCGCAAAUUGAAGGCAGCCAGCAACGCGAAAUUGAAGGAGCAGACGAACUGUGUGUGGGGGCGGACGGGGGCCACCAUUUUCCGGUAUUUUGAUUUCGCUUUGCCAGCACCUCAACAUCAUUUCCACCCCAUCGAUUCGGUUUUGGCUCCACCACCAUUUAUGGAAUGCCCGAUUAAAACACUCGAAAAACACUCAAUACGCGGAAAUCGCUGCGAAAUAAAUUAAAAACUCUGCGCUCAUCGAACGGAUCGGAACGUAAUUAAAAUUGUUCGAAAAUGGCAAUGGAAUGGAUAACCGCAAUGGACAAACGUCCUUGCGAUCGAAACUUGCGUGAUGUGGAGCUAAUCUCGUGCCGCUUGCGUCGCGUGGAGCCGCUGUGUCGCCUGCCCGGCUCGGCCCUGCAGCAAUUGGCCAUGUGCGGCUUCUACGAGGACUUGGAGAAGGGCGUUACACUUUUUCGCGCUGGCGAACAGGGACGCUUCUGGUAUGCGGUGCUGGGCGGCUCAUUGGAGGUUCGAUAUCAUGCCCAUGCCGAUGCCGAUGGCAAGAGCUCCGUAACGUUGUGCAAUCUGGGUGUGGGCGCCACAUUUGGGGAGACCAUUUUGCACGAUCUGCCACGCGAUAGCACCGUGGUGACGAAGACAACCUGCGAGCUGUUGCGCGUUGAGCAGCAGGAUUUUCGACUCAUAUGGGAGAAAAACAAAGAGUUAAUGAAUGACAUUUUCACCAAUUGCAAAUUGAAGAACGGUUUUGGUCCUAGCGUACAGCAAACGGCGGCCGCCACAUCGCCCACCAAGCGCCCACUCAGCCCGGACCACCCCAAUCCAGCCUUGCCCAUAACCGAGACACCGAGUCCGGCUAUGAGCCGCAUGGGCUGGGCUCUACGCACAUUACUCGUCGCCGACAACUCAAGCUGUCUGAAGGAUCGCAAAGUUUCGGGCAAGUUGAUACGCAAGUGUGCGCCCGGCACUGAGCUCGUCGAUUGGCUGGUAAAUCUCGCACCAAUUGUCCAUACGCGCGCCCAAGCGGCGGGCAUGUGGCAGGCUCUCGUCGAGGAAGGUGUACUUACACAUGUCAACAAAGAGCAGCCAUUCAAGGAUAAGUGCUUUCUGUAUCGAUUCCGCUUGGACGAGGAAGGUGGUGCAGCUGCGGUCGGCAUACCCCAGGCAGAGGAUCAACACGCAGCCAACGAGCACAUACGCGAGGCAUUGAGUGCGCUGUUUCAACGCGGACCGGAUGCCACACUGCGUAUGAUAUUGCGCAAGCCCUCCCACGAACGCACAUCGGAGGAACUGGAGCUGGUGUUCGAGGAGCUCGUGCACAUUGCCGCCCUCUCCCAUUUAUCCACCAGCAUCAAGCGGGAACUCUCAUCGAUAUUCGUGUUCGAGGCACAUGCCCAAGCGGGCACAAUAUUGUUCAAUCAGGGGGACGAAGGACGCUCCUGGUAUAUCCUGCUGAAAGGUUCGGUGGAUGUUGUGAUACACGGCAAGGGCACGGUGGCCACACUGAAGACGGGCGAUGAUUUCGGUAAACUGGCUUUAAUCAACGACGCACCCAGAGCUGCUACCAUUGUGCUCAAGGAGAACAAUUGCCACUUGCUGCGCGUGGACAAGGAGCACUUCAAUCGUAUAUUGCGCGAUGUGGAGGCCAAUACGUUGAGAUUGCAGGAGCACGGCAAGGAUGUUUUAGUGCUGGAGCGUGUGGCCAAGCAACGUGGACAGCAUUCGGCAUUCAAAUACACGGUCAUGUCGGGCACACCGGCCAAGAUGCUGGAGCACCUGCUGGAGACCCGACUGGGGCAGUCUGUGGGCGGCAUGGAUCCCUUUCUCGAUGACUUUCUGCUCACGCACAUUGUAUUCAUGCCCGUGGUGCAGCUGGUUGAUGAACUCGCCAAUUACUUUCAUUGCGACACCCAUGAGGACGCGCAAACACCCGAGGAUCGUGAGUAUAUUGUCAACUUUAAGAAGCGCGUCAUACAGUUUAUGCAAAAGUGGGUCAUGGCCGUGCGGCAUGCGGCCUUCGAGGAGCCGAGUGUGUGUGAUUUCAUUGAGGAUCUCGCUGCCGAAGUGGAAGCCGAUCCCGAUCUCAAUGAGGAGACGAGCAUCGUGCACAAUGUGCUGACACAAAUGGCACGCUAUCAGGAGGAUCGCAAUCAGAAUGCGGGACAAAAGUGGAAGUUGCCGCCAAAUGGUCAGCCCAUUUGUUUGUUUAGCGGCAAUGCAACGCCCUCAAAGACGGUCAUUCGACCGGAUGAUGAUAUCAUCUUCCGCGUCUAUUGUGCCGAUCACACCUACUGCACCCUGCGCUUUCCCAUGCACACCACUGCGGAGCUCAUCAAAGCCUGCGCCGCCGACAAGCUGCAGCUGAAUCGUGGCCCCGAGGACCUGUGCCUAGUCGAAGUCAAGUCGAAUGGGGAGCGCUCCGUGUUUAAGGAUAACGAUGUCAGCAUACCCACUGGCCUCUCGCUCAACGGUCGACUGUUUGUCUCCGUCAAGGAUCAUUUGGAUGCGUUGACUCAACUGCAGGAGCAGGAGUGCCCCACAGAGGGUGUCGACAUCGAUUUGGAAAUACUAAGCACCAAGGAGCUGGCCUACCACAUCACACUCUUCGAGUGGGAUCUGUUCUAUGCUGUGCAUGAAUAUGAAUUGCUCUAUCACACCUUUGGACGGCAUCACUUUGGCAAGAUUACAGCCAAUUUGGAUGUCUUUCUGCGUCGCUUCAAUGAGGUUCAGUAUUGGAUUGUCACCGAGCUCGUGUCCACGCCGAGUCUGAGCAAACGCGUGGGUCUCGUACGCAAGUUUAUCAAGCUGGCUGCCUAUUGCAAGGAAUACCAAAAUCUGAACGCAUUCUUUGCUGUCGUCAUGGGCCUCUCGAAUAUGGCCGUGUCGCGGCUGCAGCAAACCUGGGAGAAGAUACCUUCGAAGUUUCGGAAGAUCUUCCAAGAGUUUGAGGCGCUCAUCGAUCCCAGUCGCAAUCAUCGCGCGUAUCGUGUGUUUGUGGGCAAGCUGCAGCCACCGCUGAUACCGUUUAUGCCGCUGCUGCUUAAGGACAUGACCUUUGCCCACGAGGGCAACAAGACCAGCCUGGACGGGCUGGUGAACUUUGAGAAGAUGCACAUGAUGGCACAAACCAUGCGCACCAUACGCUUCUGUCGCUCCAGGAGUUUGGGUUUGGAACCGCCUUCACCCAAGAGCGAGGGCGAGGUACGCUCGUACAUCAGCAGCUUUCGUGUGAUUGACAAUCAGCGCGUUCUGACGGCCAUGUCACAGAAGGUGGAGCCCACCAGGAAGCUCUAAGCAGCAGCUCCUCGUGGCGAGCGAGUGAUUAAGUGUCAAACCCCCUAUAAGUAUGAGUGUUAAGUGUUUAAUCAAAGCUGCAAAUUAGCUGCACAGAUACGAGCUUAGCUGCCCAGCAAGAACUUCUAUUUGCAUUCGCAUUCGAAUUAGCCUUAAGCUAAGUAGAGGAUAUUUAUGACCCACUUAAUCAUGGACGAACUCUAACUCUAACUUUCAAAAUGAACUGAAACCUACCACACAAAAAUGCAAAAAACUUUUUUGCUUUAGUACAAAAACGAAACACGAAACGAAGCCACGAAAAAUUUGACAGGCGGAGGAAACCAAUGCGGAAACCCAGCGCAGAAUGAGGAAGGAACUUACAUACAUACAUACACAACUACAUGCAUAACUACAUACAUAGUGAAUACAAAACAAAACAAAACAAUGGACGAGUGUGAUACUAAACAUUUAGGAGGAGACGACAUCAAAAAGUAAAACAAACAGCACGAAAACUGCAUAAUUUCCUACCAAAACUUUUUCUACGUACAUCUACUAUAUAACUACAUCUGUGUAACUAUAUCUACAUAUGUUUAUCUACAUUUACAUCUGUUAUAACCUACCCCAAAAAGUAUUUUGUAUAAACAUACAAACGAAUGAAUGAAGAAAAGUGGCGUGGCAGCUGCGCCUGGACCAGAGCAUGGAAUCUAUUUUUUUAAACCCUAAACUAAAAACUAUUAAACAGUCUAGUUGAAGCUAGUUAUUAACAUGUAAGCUACUUAGUGCAUAAGUUAUUUAAUUUCCAAUUUGCGAACUUUUGUUUUCAUUCAGUUUAUUCCUCCAAACAAAGCGUAAAGUGAAUG